AUUGCCAAGCUCAAGUGUCAGAACUCGCGUGCCCAGUUCCCGAGGGGGGAGAAGCAGAAGAGGACAGCCACACAGGGGGCUGCGAGAGGGAAGGAGAUCAAAGUGAAGAAGGGAGAAGAAGGAGAGAGAGGAAAGCUGGAUGGUGUGAGUGAAAAGACGAAGAGAGCAAUACGAGGAGAGAAAUAGACUGGAAGAUGGACGAGGUUAUGAGCCCUGGUGUAGAUGUGCAAUGUGAUGUGGAGAUGGUCACAGGGUCUGAUCCUGACCCAGAAAUGGACCCAGAGCCGGAGUGGGUUCCAGGAGGCCGGCGCCUGUUCUCUGGUCUGCUAGGACUGAAUGUGAUUAUGCUCGGCGCUGCCCUUAUGGCGGCUGAUGCCUACUAUGCCAAUGGGCAGCUACAACAGGGACGCCAGGUGUUCAUCCUGCUUCUGCUGCUGCUCAGUGUGGUCUGGAUGCUCUGGUACCUGCUGUGGUCACGCAAGCGACCCGGCCGCACUCCCCAUACCGACCACCACGCAGGGGGUAUCACCAUCACAGUGGUCCUGGUGAUCUUCUCGGCCUUCAGCCUGUUCCUGCACAUCUUCAGGAUGGGUUAUUUCAUCAUGAUGUGGGACUGCAAGCCGCUGGCCGAGGUCCUGGUUCCCUUUGCUGAGGCGCCCUUCCUGGCACUGCAGACAUAUUUCCUGUGGGCUCACUCAAAGGACUGCAUCCACAAGCAUAAGAUUCUGACCAGGUCCGGUCUGAUGCUAUUGCUCUCUGCUAACAUCCUGCUGUGGCUGAAUGCGGUGACUGAGGACACUGUGCACAUGGAGAUCGAGCUGGAGAAGCAGAACCAGGUCAUUGCCAAUGGCUCCCUGGUUGACAACAGCACUGCAGGUCUGGAGUAUGAUCCCGACGAAUCCCCCGAAUGUCAGUGCACCGACCACACGCCGUGCCUGGUGUUCCGCAAGGGCUUCGAGAUCCUAUACCCCUUCAACAUCGAGUUCUACCUGAUGGCGGGUUGCAUGAUCUAUGUGAUGUGGAAGAACGUGGGCCGGCGUGUGGGCAAAGCCCCACACGAGCACCACAAACACCAUGACGUGAUGCGCAUCAUCCGGAAGGAAGGCAUCCUGCUGGGCCCACUGGCCGGCCUCCUGGUCCUCGCGAUGGGAGCCGUCUCCUUCAUCCUGUACCAGGUGUGGGUGAGUGACGCUCGCCGCGAAGACGCCUUCCUCGUCUUCUACGGCUACCACCUGGCCUUGAUUCCCGCCAUGUCGCUGUUCUGCCUGGCUGGCAUGAUCACGUACCGCGUGGAGAUUAGGCUGCAUGAAACCAGCCACAACCCCACCAGAAGCCUGGAUGUUCGCCUGCUUGUGGCGGCGGCCGUGGGCCAGCUGGCGCUCUCCUACUUCUCCCUGGUGGCCGCCAUGGCCAUUGGGUCCAGAGACCAUCUGGGGAGCCUAGACCUUUCGUACAACCUCUUCAGCCUGCUGGAGCUGCUCCUGCAGAACAUCUUCAUCAUUGAGGGGCUCCACCGUCACCCGAGUCUAAACUGCACCAGGACAAAGGGAAGGCUGGCCGGCGUCAUUUUCAAGAAAAAGAAGGCGACUGAGACCCCAGUGGCGAAUGAACCUGAAGGAGACAAUGUGUCUAGAAAUGAGCCUACAGCACCACCUGCAGGUGUGAAAGUGAACAAGACGAACAAGUGCACCAAGAGAGCGAUUCAAGAGAUUUGUGCAUUCCUCAUCUUGGGCAAUGUCAUGUUGUGGGUGAUCCCAGCCUUCGGCGCUCAUCCCCAAUUUGAAAACGGACUGGGGAAGCAAUUCUAUGGGUUCCAGGCCUGGUUUAUAUUUGUCAACCUGGCCCAGCCACUGGUGGUCUUCUACAGAAUGCACUCUGUAAGGGCACUGAUGGGGCUGCUGAUUUCAGCCUGAACAGCAGGAGGCGAUAGAGGCCAUACUACUGCACUGGAGGAUGUGAAUCUUUUGGAUCUGUAGGAUGAAGCCUUGCUAUCCAGCCUAAGAUUCACGGGGAAGAAGAAAUAAGACUUUUUCUUAAGGGAAUCAAAUAAGUCGAAACAAAACAUUUGCAGUUAUACAAAUGUUGCAUUUGAUACCCACUGUUAAUUAGGAAAAAAAAAUCACUAAGUUGAACAUAUACACAUUUAGUUCAGGACUUAGUAUUAUGUAAUCCAAUUGUUAAUGAAACAGUUAUAAUUGUAUUUAGCAUCGCAUUGAUACUGGCCCUUUUAUAGGAGAUAGACUGAACUGACCCUGGACACCAGAGACCAAACGUCAGUCAGGGGUUCAGAUACUGAUGGACAAAAUGACGCUUCCUGAACCAUUUGCUAUAUUUCUUGACCCCACUAGAUGGUGCUAUCUGUUCAAAAAAGGGCACAAAGCAUGGGCCCAAAGCCAGAGCCAUAGUGGGGUUGGAAAAUACAGCAAAUGGUUCGUGAGGCAUCGUUGUGUCCAACGCUACCCGAUAUGCUCUGAUAUUCACUCGCCUUUGACAAGCAGCCCAAGGUCACCAUCUAGUAGGGUCAAAAACAAUACAGCAAAUUCAUGGUCACUUCGUCCAUCACUAGGCUGAACCACGCAUGAAUAAUUUGGAUCCGAGCUGGUAUGAAUCCCAGCAUGUAUGAGAGGCAGGAGCCCUACGGUGGAACCCCGGCGUAAGUCUUCUGUGUAGAUGUCCACGUUCUUGCACUCAAAUUGGCUAAUUAGCUAACUGGCUAAUUUUACUUAUGUUCUGUAUUUCCUUUGAAUGCAUGCAUGAAUACUGCCAUGAAAGAUCCCAAGGACAUGUUGGUGCCUGACCAAUGAAGUGAGUUCUGAUACUGAAGAACAUAAUGAUAGUGGCCAAGGUAUUUAAUAAUGGUUGUGCGAGUUUCGCUUCAGAGAAGCCGGAACUGGAGCAAUUUUAUCGGCCAAUUUUACAUCAGUAUGAAAGUGACUUUCUUUGGAAUCACAGGUCUUGUUCUGUGACCCUAACCCUCCUCCUGUCAGUCAGAAAAUUCACUGCACAGAUUAAUCAGCCUUUGUUAUGAUCAGCUGUUCUCUUGUUAAUAAAACGAUGCUUAAUGUGCAGCUCUACUUCUUAGUUAAAAAGCCCCCCACCCUUGCAAGAGUGUUCCGUAAUUCAUUUAUAAACGGUUUAUUUUAUAAUAUACUCUACAUAUCUUUCAGACAGAAAAAUACUCAUUCAAACAGAAAACACAAAUUAUAUCUCAUUCCGUAUACAUACAUAUAUAUUAGACUGUAUGAGCCACACUGAUAUACUGCCAUUAUAACAUCACAAAGCAACACACUGGUCUGACAUCAGGGGAGACACCCCCCACUCCCCUCCGAUGACAGACGCCCCCACCCAUCCCCGACUGGGACAGUCACGUGCCUUCACUUCCCAGCCACAGAAACUCACUUCCAUUGGACCCUGUAGUAAUACUGGAUGCCCUUCAAACAGCAUCCACAGGAUCCGUCGUGAGAAAGCCCAGCUUUCACACGACUUCCUUCC